AGAAAAUAAUCACUUUAUGGGACUAAUGGGUAAAGGGAAGCUGUUCGGACAUUGAGUAUAUUUAAAACUUUUAUAGGAAGGGUCCAAAACCUUUAAGGCUGAUCCGAAGGCAAAAUUCAAUGUGCCUUGGCCCCUUUUGCCACGUUGACUUUUUAAUAUCACAUAUAUAUCGACGACUGAGUGGAAGAUCUACCUAUCAGAAAACUUCAACAACGCCCUGCCUAGGAGGUCUACUCCGUAUUGAAUCGAAUUGAGUUUCCAAUCGUAAUACAAGUUAGAACCGCAGAAUUUGGUCGAAGAACGCAAUAUUUUGUAAUUUGAUUGAAAAAUGCCCUAAUACCCAUGGAAUUCGGGUUAUCGACCAAAAAAAAUUGAAAAAAGUAAAACAGCUACUCUGUUGUUACCAUCUGCUUAAUCCCAUUUCGAAUAUUUGAUUCUAAUCGCAAUUUUUUGUUAUUUCAAAUAAAAUUUUUAGUUUUUUAAAAGCUAGUCGUCUUGUAUUUGCAACCCUGCACGACUUUGAUCGAGUCUCGACUAAGCAACUCUGCGUUAUUCUGAUUGGAAACGGGCACAAAAGAGAUUGCAAAAAGUUUUUCAUUGAUGAUUGAUGGAAAACACUUCGGGGAUGUUAAAUCAGUAAUUUUACGCAAAAAUUAAAGAAAUUAAAAAAUGCACAAAUAAAUAAGCCUACGAAUGUUGAAAGUGAACGCGAAAUGUCAUAAUUUAGUUUUAUUAAUUCGUUUGUACGCGAAUGAAGUGGAAGUUGAGAAAAAAUUUGUGUAAUUGAGGAGGUGCAUCCAAAGUAAAAAUAAAUACAUAAUUGGAAGCAAACAAAGUCAAAAGGCGCAUGAAAUAUUUUCUAAGCCAUUACAAAAAUUGUUAAUACGGAACGCAGGGACAUUUUAUGCGAACAAGGAGGGGGGUUUUUCUUUAACUAUUUGCACGCACUGGCGUAGCGGCUGUGCAGAAAUCUUCCGCGAAGGUCAUUAUCCCAAAAAUAGAAUCGCAAGUGCAACACCCAUCCACCAGCUUAUUGCUGUGAGCGCAUUGCAUUAUUUCAUAGAGAUAUUUUGCUAAAUACUUUUUGAAACAUUGUGUAAGUGCAUAAUCUAUUCAACUUUAACCAAGUGGCUGCAUUCAUAUUUUGCGAACUCAUUUAAACCAGCUCAAUUACGUUUGCUUAUUCCGCCAGUAUUAUAAGAAAAUUGAUUGUGCUUUUCAAAAUCAUUACCGGCUACCGCCGCCAAUAAAAACAAACAAAUUGGUCAAUAAUUAAAACAAACAUUGAAAUGGUAAAAGUGUGCGAAAAAAAAACCAAAACAUUAUAACAACGACCGCAAGCUCAUAUUAUUGCUCGGAAAUCAACGCAAGCAUCUUCGCUGUCGCACAAAUCAUCUCAAUUGCUAGGCAGCACUCUUAUCUGUUUAGAGUUGGCGUGCCGUACACGCGCAUUUUCUCGCACUUUGCUCGUACCAGAAUACUGAUAAACUUGCAUUUACAUAGCUUUGUCCGGAUGAGUAGCCAUGCGUACAAUACUUGCGCUGCAUUAUUAAAAAGUGAAUUGAUUGAAAGUGAAACUAAAACUGCAUACGUAAAAAAAUCAGCUGAGUUUAACUGAGCCUUUCUCCCUUCUUCGCUCGCGUAACUUUGCGCACAAUGACUUCCAUUGCAAUUCAUGUAAAUACAAAUGUAAUGAAAGCACAGUGAACAACAAAAGUUGAACGACGCUAAAAUUAAAUUGGCGUAUAUAUAUAUACAUAUGUGUGUGACAAGCCGAAAAAAGUGAAAAUAAACGAGUAAAUUACAUACAACGCAACGACUACGAAACUAAGAAUAGCACGCAGCACCGGAUCCAUUGCGCGAAUCUGUCCACCGAGCUCGGAAGUGUGGACGCACGGGCUUUCUCCUUUCCUCGCAACCUCGACACCUUAACAAAGGCGGGGAAAAUUUUCGUACUGGCGUAAUUCAUCGUAGAAUGCUAUCCAAUUUCCACAAAUUAAUGCGGUGCUCUGCGAGCGUAUUGCAAUCCUCUACACCCAUGGGUGGCCGCAGUAACAGCGGCGGCGGCGGCGGCGUUAGUGACGGCAGCUAUGCCGUCGUUGAUGGUAUAUCCAAAUCACUAUCCUCACCCUUUAAUAUCAACGACAACGAUCCCAAUAUUGCCACUUGUUCCGGACGUGGUGAUUGCCUAAAUGGCACUUGCCUGUGUGAGAUACGCUACGCCGGCGAUGAAUGCAGUGGCUUCAAUCUGCCUUACUAUGCGGGCAUUUCGGCUGUUUUCUAUUUUGUAGCACUGGUUUCUCUUGUGCAACUUUUCAUUUGCAUAUUUGCCGAAUAUCAACGUUUGAAACAGCCAUCAGUUUUGCGUGCCUGUCGGCUGACAACACAAAAAGUCUUAUAUUUCAUGGUAUUCGUGGCGGCAUCCCUAAGAGGCGCUUAUUUUACAACACCGUUGGAUUUACAGCCACAAUGGGCAAUUACACUUAUGUCGGCGUAUUAUCCGAUGUUAAUGACCUGCGCAUCGCUUAUUGUUUGCAUGUGGGCUGAGAUUUUCCAUUUACGCGAUAUCCGUUGGGAGCGGUCACAAUUUCUAUCGAAGAGUUUCCUCGGCUUUGUUGCAUUUAACUUAUUCCUCUACAGCUUAUUUGGCGUUGAAGUAUUCUCAUCGCUGAUCACUGCCGAUCGGCAGAAUUAUGCGCACAUUUUCAACGGCUGUUAUGCAGUGCUGCUACUCAUUGUAGUUAUUUUCUUUUUGAUCUAUGGCGUCGAAGUGUAUUUCAAGUUGCGUGGCGGCUUUGUUUAUGAUCAGACAGGCAAAAUACUCGGUCCCAGUGAAGCGAUCGUAAAUGCAUCACAGCUACAUCAGUCGCGUUUGGGUCUAUUAUCGCAAGCGAUUAUGUUAAUCGUUAUUGUGGGCUUCCUCACAUCAGAGACAUUAGGUGAUUUCUGGAAAACAAAAGUGCCAGUGUACUCACGCAAUUGGCAUGACAUUGUCUUCCGUAUUGUGGAGAUGGGUGUUGCUGUUUGGUUCCCCUGUUGCCUGUGGAAUUCGAUGGCACCCGAGCAGCUUUGGAUUUUGAAUCCACGCAAAUUGCUCUCACGUCAAAUCGAUCCUUCCAUACCGACUACAUCGGCUGAAACUAAGAGCCUCUCACCGGAGGAAGGUCAAUCAUUUUUGACGAAAAAAGACUGCUGGAUUUGUUAUGAUAAUGACAAACCUGAACCGCUUAUACAACCAUGUCGUUGUACUGGCGAUGUUAGCUCGGUGCACCAUGAGUGUCUCAAACGGUGGCUGGUGGAGAGUUGCAGCUCAACAGAUGCGCAGCUAUCGUGCAAAGUUUGUGGCUUCCCCUACGAAAUUGAGAAGAGUAAAAAACUCGACUGGGAGAAGGGCUUCAACAUGCAGCACUGGUCCAAGACAAUCAUACUGAUGACAUUGAUGUGUGUUGCCGGCGCUAGCGCUUGGGUUGUCAUCCAACUGUACGUAGAUCCGCUGAUACGUGUACUAACAGUCGGUAUCGCCGUACUCAUCGGCUAUGUGUGCAUCAAGUGUCUGGGAGAAAACACUGUGGUGGCAUAUCAGCGCGCCAAAGUAAGCUCCAUCAAUAUAGUGACAAAAUCGGAAAUGGAAAAGUUACACACCAUAUGUGAAGAUGUUGGCGAGCGACCAACAACAACGGCAGCGGCUGUGGCCGCUACUUCAACAGCUUCGUCAUCUGCAUCAGCAUCAACAUCGACGAUGAGCACAACUGUGCAAUGAUUAUGACCACCAAAUGAGUACAACAGCAGCAGCAGCAGCAGCAGUAUUGUUGAGUCAGAAAAUGUGCGUUUGUUAGACACGGAUGAUGCGGGGCAUGAGCAGCAACAGCAGCAGCAAUUGAUAGAAAUUGAGCAAUUGAAAGAGGUAGAAGUGUCGUUAGUAGUAGCAGCCGCGCCGCAAAUAGCACCACCGAAAACGAUUCUUAGUUUUGCUAAUAUUGCAGAGAAGAAAUAACGAAUCAACUACUAACUGACUAAUUAUCAAGUUGUAGAGUAACUACGACACGACCGCGACGACGAGCAAUUACUAUAGCGCGUAAGACCAAAUGGCGAAAACAAAUUACCAAACACAAGGACAAUAGCAGCUGUGCUAAAAACUUAAAUAGCUAUGAUUUUACACACACAUAUACAUGUAAACAGCUGCAUAUUGCUGCAACAAUUAAGAAUAUAUUAAUUUAUAUACCUAUACUUUAUAAAAAACAAAUAAUAAUAAUUGUAGUAAACAACAUUUCUCGUUUGGUUCAAGUUUCAUUAACAAACAAACACAUGCUACUUACAGACAUACAUACCUUCAUGCAUAUGCACAUACAUACAUCAUACUUGUAAAUACUAUUAAAAAUGAGAAAUUUCCUAUUUGUUACGCUUUCACACAACCAAUUUUAUUUCGGUUUGUUUACUUGGAAAAAUUCAUCAAUUUUGUGCUAGAAUUUCCGGGCGUUUUAUACACGCGUUUAACAUUUACAGCGGAUUCUUAAAUUUUAAGUCUUUUGAUAGCCGCAAAGAAUUUGUAAUUAAUUAAAUUUUUUUUUGGAAAAUUAUUUCCCAAAUUUAAAUAAUUAAAACUUAAGUUUACAAGUAUUGCAAAUCAAACGAUGUUUAAAUUCAAGCGUUUGUAUUUAAAUUAAAAGCGUAUAACGUUAUGAUGUAUUUGUCUAAUUUACAUACACAAAUUAAUAAAAAAAAAAAAAAUCAUAACUACGUAUGCAGUACGUCUAUAAUUUCAUCAGCUACAUAUACAAGCUUGGUCAAUACCAACAAUACAAAAAUCAACCGUCAGUAUCAUUGCAAUUGAGAUUAAAAGAAUGCACUGUAAUAAUGUUUAAGAAACAUAUGAAGUAAAUAUAAAAGGCUAUUCGUGGUAUACACUUGUUUAGUGCAAACGAUAUAUAUGUAAUAAAAAAGGAAAAAAAAUAGAUUAAGAGGAAGCUGAACACUGACAACUGCAAGAAAUACAUUAUUUUGUUUUUAAUCGACUUCAAAAAAAGGAGGAGGCUAACAAUUCGUCGGAAUAAUAUUUUUUUUUUAUACAUGCUAUCGCAUAUCUUUGAACCACAUUAACCAAUUUCUAUAAUUAUUCUAAUUCUAAUUUUUAACGGUAAGGUGGUUCCAUACUAAUUUGGUUAAGAUACGAUCAUGAUCUGUGAACUACACUUCCUGCCAACAAUCAACCAAAUCCCCAAAAAAAAAAAAAGAUACGAUCAUUGGAUCAUGAAGAAAUCAACGGUCCUCUUAAAUUUUUAUAUGAUAAUUGAUGAUUGUUAAUCAAAUUUUUCGAUUACAAAAUGUUCAGUAAUGAGCAGACCAACCAACGCAAGUUUUAAUUGUUGUAAACAUAGUUAAAAUUUGAGUCGUAAAAUCAAUGCCCAAUCAAAUGAGCCGCUUAAUUUGAAAGUGGCAUAAGUCAUUUCAUGCCAUUUGGCUUCAGUGACCAUUUACCCGUAUCUAAAGACGUCGUGUUAUUCGUUCAACUUCAUCAGUCAAAGGUAAAAAGUUUUUCAUUAGUUUUUGACGGUAGAACGAUUUGCAGAUGCAUUCAGUUAGAAGUAAUUAAGAAUUUAAGCACAAGCGGUUUAAAUGACUUAUUCAACUUGCAAAAUAAACGGCUCAAAUGCUGCUAGCAGUGUGGUAGAUUUGGCGUUUAAGUUCAGUAUAGAAAGAGGGAGUAACUAUUUAUUUUAUUUUUUUCUAUAAUUUUUAAGUUUUUAUAGCGGAGAACUUUUGUAGACAAGUGUGUUAUAACUUUGUUUUCAUAAGAGUUGUUUGCAAAAGCCAAGAGAAUUUGAAACGGAAUAGAAAGAGAAAUCGCGCCAUGCCGUUGAAAAUGGGCAAAAACUGACAAAUUAAAAAAAACUCACUUCCCAAAUAAUGGUUACUUUUAAGAAAUACGAAAGCGACAACUGGUUAAUCGCGAUUUUCGAAAGCGGCAAAAGGCGAUAUUUAACGGGUUGCUCCGGAUAUACAUAUGUAGUUCGGCUUUUGCCCGAACUUAUACGACAUUAUUUGUGAAUGAAAGUUUCCUUCUAUAUUAACUUUAUGGAUCGACAUAAUAGUUAAAGCGAACUAUAUAAAAGCAAUUAUACAUGUAUAUCAAUUUAAGUUACAUAUUAGAGCUGUUUGUUUCACUUAUUUUUCACACAAUAAAUUUUAUUUCAUAUUUUAUGAUAGAGAAUAUUUUUUAAACACGUAAAAAAGUAGGCCCUUUUCACAGUAACGUAGUUCACAUUCGGCGGUAAACUGUAGAUUUUGGGGCAAAAAUAUAAUUUAAAUUUAACAGCUACAUAUGAGUCCCACUGUGAAAAUCGAGCAAAAAUACAUAUAUAAAAGCUGUACAUGAGGUUGAAUGUAAUUGAGUAGGUAAUAAAAAUAUCAAACUUUCCAAUACUACUUAUUAAAAAAAAACCCGCAUGGAAACCCGUGUUGUUUUCAAAAUGCUAGAUGUUCUCAUACUUAAAAAAUUACGCUCAAAAAAUCAGACUUGUAAAUAAAAAACAUCUUUAAAAGCUUACAAAAAAAAAAAUUAUACAAAAUAACGGAAAAUCGUAUUUACCAGAGUACCAAAACUUAAACGACUUAGAAUAUUAUGCAUAUAAUAUUACAAAUAGUAUUCAGCUAUACCAGCUUAUUCAUUACAUUUAAAAAAUAAUGCAUUAUUAAUUAUUUUUGCUAAAGUACAUAAACAAAUACAAAUCAUCACACAUCAGAGUACGAAUAUUAUUUUUAAAAUUUAAAACUAAAAAUUUUUUAACGAUAACACACCUAUGUAUUAUGGAAUACAUAUACUUUUAUUUUUAAUACGAAUUACAUUUAAGUGUUAGUUAAGCUAAUAUAUGUACUAAAUUACCGUGCUAAAUUUAAUGUAGUGUAAACAAAGAAAAGAUAAAAUAAAAUUCAAAUUGUACACAAACACGUACAUAUAUAUGUAUGUAUUUACAAUAAAAUUUAAGCAAAUUAAAUUGUAAUCAAAUUAUUGUGAUAGCAGCAUAUGUAAAAUUCAUUAAAGAAAUAUGCAUGUAAGAAAUUUUACAAAAACUAAAAAAAAAAUUUUAUUGAAAAAAUGAGCAAUCUAAGAAUUCAUUUUGAACAUGAAAAAUUCAAGCAGCGGUAGUUAAGCAAUUCCACUUCGUUGCUUGAUUUGUGCUUAGUCCGACACUGUUGGACGUAGCGAAUUUAUGAUUACUGCUACUGAGGCUACUGUCGAACAAAUGGAGACAAAAUUUAAUUUUCCAAGUCUCACUUUUUGCAAUUCCACAUUUGAUAACAGUGCAUUCUUUUUGAAAAAUACAUAGAUGUAUCUAUGUAUGCCUAAAAAUUCAUUCUACUGAAGUCAUUGAUAUAUUGGUGGUGGUUUUUAUUAAUUUUGUAAAUCUAUUUUUUUUGUAUAAUUGAACUUCUGCAGGCCGUUUUUUUUUUUGUAAGUGCAGUCUAGAAUGCGUUAAAAAAGCAGCGUUGUCAAAUACGGCCUGACAUAUUCCUAGCAAUUAUUCCGGCUCUCACUCCAGUUUUUAAUAUUUGAUUUAGCCAAGUUGUUGCUCAUGACGGUUAUGUACAUGUUUACACCACGAUUCUUUUGUUUUAUGACAUUUCAUCUGCCUGCCUUUACCAAACAUUGCCGUGUCUCUUUUAAAACUCGGUGACUGCAGAUGUCCAUCAGUUGUAGUUCCUUUCGGGUUCGUUCCCGAUAUUGGGGACUAUCACAGAAUCUAUCGUAGUCCGAUUUUUCAUGAAAUCUCCAAAAAGGCGAUCCCUGAAUCCGAAUUGCGAUGAACGUGUGUAUUCAAAGUAUACGCUAUGUUCGUGGUAAUUCGAAUUCUGUGAUAGCAUUUUCGUAGAUUUCACUUAAAAUCGUACUACGAAGGAUUCUGUGAUAGCCCUGAUUUUUAAAUUCUAGAUUCUUCAUCUCGUAACGAUUAUUUUAAAUGUUUUGGUAUACAUAUCUCUGACGAUCAGUCCUCAAGUCAUGGAAAAUGCUUAAAAAUUGUUUAUCAUUGUUGGGACAAAGUCCAAUAUUUUAUGGUUCACACGAUCUCUGUUCUAUAUCGGGCACCAAUUAACGUAAAGUUUUGGCCAAAUGGUCAAAUGUUCUCUGAUUCGGUCUUAAGGUUAUAAAAACAAAGCAACAAGCCCCGGAAUUUCAGCAUCAUUUAAGAAGUAUGCAUAGCAAUUCUUGGAUAUUCAAACAUUCAUGAAAAUUAUAUAGAUUAUUAGUUAAUGAUAAUGGAAUAAAGUUCAGUCAGAUUAGAUCGCAGCCCUCAAGAUCUUUUUCAGGGAACUUAAAGCUCCGAUUGCGUGAAAUUUUUGUAAUUUGUUGCCAGAGUUGCUUUUGUACUCGCUAGGUGGGCGAGAUAUUUUGAAAAUCGCAUGAAUGUUAACUUUUGUUCCAUGGAAAGAGAUCUAGAGGACCCUAUAGUAUAUCAAUAGUCUAAUAUGACAGUACUAAUACAUAUGUAGCUAAGAAUAAUGCUUGUAAACGAAUUUUUCGUAGCGCAUGUAGAAUUUUUUAGAAUUUGAAUUGUGUAGAAAAAAUUGUUGGUAAAAAUAAAUAUGAAAAAAAUCUUGGCUGGCUUUGGGCAUAUGUAUAAAGGCGAAUUCAUCGUUCUAGUUCUGAACAUUUUCCUGCAUGUGGUUGUUGGUAAAGGCCCCAAAAAACUAUAGAUCAAUGAGUUCUGUGUUCUUAGGAUGAACGAAGUUUAAUUUUGUGUUAGAAAACGUUGAUGGAAUAACUAACAUUUUACGAUUUUCUCCAAACGCUAAUUUGGGGAUUUUUUAUGAUAGUAAAACUUUGAAAAUAUAUUUAAGAUUUUGACCUUUCACUAUUGAAUUUUGAAAAUUUUCAGCACUUUCGAAAUGUUUCAGACCUUUCAGUUUAUGGAAAAAGCCCAAUAUUAUACUUAUCGAGGGCUUAUAUUCAAUACCCUAUAUCUGAUUUUGCAAUUUACUGCAGUUAUUCGGACUAUCACAAAACUAACCAAGACAAGACGAACUAUUUUUGAUCGAUAAGAAAUCAUUUCAACAAUAUCUUAGCAAAGAGACUUUAGAGUUUAGAUUUAGUCGCGG